AUGAUAAUUGGGUACUGUAAGGAGGGUAAGGUGGAAGAAGCUAGAGAUUUGUUCGAUGAAAUUCAGUUCAAGGAUGAUGCCUGUUGGAAUGCUAUGCUAACGGGCUAUGCACAAAGUGGCAGGGGAGAGGAAGCACUGGAGCUACAUUUACAAAAGCUCAAGAUUGGUUUACAUCCGGACAACUGGACCCUUGUUUCUGUUCUUAUGGCCUGUUCUACUCUUUCAUUACUGAAGGAUGGAAGACAAGCUCAUCUGCUCAUUAUUAAACACGGCUUCGAAUCAAAUGUUUCCAUAUACCUUGUCUCAUGGAACACCAUUGUUGCUGCAUUUUCUCAGCACGGUCUCUAUGGGAAGGCUAUUGCUUUUUUCAACCAGAUGAGGCUGAGUGGCUUUGAACCAGAUGGCAUAACAUUUCUCAGUAUCUUAUCUGCUUGUGCUCGUGCGGGAAAGGUGAAUGAGAGCACAGAUUUGUUCGAAUCAAUGGUCAAUAGUUAUGGUAUUUCUCCCACGCCUGAGCACUAUGCUUGCUUGGUUGAUGUAUUGAGUCGAGCAGGUCAGUUAGAGAAAGCUUGCAAGAUGAUCCAAGAGAUGCCAUUUAAAGCAGACUUUGGGAUAUGGGGUGCUCUUCUUGCAGCUGCCGGAAAAUGGAAUGAUGUUGUUAGAGUAAGGAGUUUGAUGAGAGAGCAUGGAGUCAAGAAGGAAAAGGCAUACAGUUGGACAUAG